AUGGACUCAACAAAGCUGAGGGAGAUCCAUGACUUUCUACUAUCGCUGGCUCACCGAGCUGGCGAAAUUAUCACCAAGGCCCUGCCGGAUUCCUCUGGCACCGGCUCGAAGAAGAACAGCGCGGACCUUGUCACCGAAUACGACCGGGCCGUCGAGAAUAUGAUUUCUUCCUCUUUAAAAAUCAAAUACCCCGAUUAUCUCUUCCAUGGAGAAGAGACGUAUAGUCCAGAGAAUCCACUGACAGAUGCCCCAACUUUCAUCGUGGACCCCAUCGACGGCACAAUCAAUUUUGUGCAUGGAUUCCCAUAUUCUUGUGUAUCACUGGGCUUUGCAGUUAACAAGGAGCCUGUGGUAGGCAUUGUGUACAACCCCUUUACGAAGACCUUGUACUCGGGAAUACAAGGACAAGGGUCUUUUUUGAAUGGCGACACCCGCUUACCGGUGAAAGGCGCGAAUCCAGAGCCCUUGUCAGGACUGACCAAUGCUCUGAUCGCCAUUGAAUGGGGCUCCGAGCGCGGCGGACCCAACUGGGAUACCAAAGUGCGGACGUUUGCUCACCUCGGCCAGACCCGAGAGAACGGUGGCGCGAUGGUUCGUUCCAUGAGAAGUACGGGGUCUGCUGCCCUGAAUAUGUGCGCCGUGGCAGAGGGUACGCUGGAUCUGUACUGGGAAGGGGGCUGUUGGGAGUGGGAUGUAUGUGCUGCGUGGGUUAUCCUGAAGGAGGCUGGUGGCAUCGUGGUGGAUGGCAGUCCCAAUGAAUGGGAGGCGCGUCUUGACGGAAGAAAGUACCUGGCGAUCCGGGGAGCUCCCGAAGCCGGACAGAAAGAGCUGGUCGAGCAGUUCUGGAGCUGUAUCCAAGGCCCAUUGAAAUACUGA